AUCGCUCUACACGAAAGAGGAAUAAAAGUGGACGUAUCCAUCUACAAUCAGACUUGUGCAUCGUUGAAGGACGAUUACGAAGUUGUGAGAAAAGCUGCUUUGAAACUUGUCUGGCUGCUCGGUCAAACUUAUCCAGAAACGAUGGUAGACGUGCACCAAGACAGCAGCGGCGGGGGUGGCAGCGGGAAUGGAGGGGGAGAGGAUAGCAUCCGUCUAGUGGACAGCGCAUUCAGCAAAAUAUGCAGCGGGGUCGGUGACCUAUCCAUGCUAGUGCGCACACUUUCUGCGCAGCUGCUGGGAAGUAUGCUGCUAGUUAGCGAUAAGUUUCUACAGCAGACACUCGACAAGAAACUCAUCUCUAAUUUGAGGAAAAAACGUUCAGCCCAUGAGCGAGCUUGGGAAAAUGUAACUUCAGGUGAAUGGGCCAGUGGUAAGAAAUGGGCAGAUGACGCCCCUAGGGGGGAAGCCGUGGAUGCUGAUCAAGUAAAUCUCAUUCAUAGCGGGGCAUGUGGUGCCUUUGUACAUGGCCUGGAGGAUGAAUUCCUAGAAGUGAGAAGUGCCACACUGGACGCUCUCUGUUCACUGUCACUGAACAACACACACUUUGCCAAUAUGGCGCUGGACUUUCUGGUCGACAUGUUCAACGAUGAAAUCGAAGAUGUGCGACUGAAAGCCAUUCAUGCACUCACCAAAAUAUCCCGGCACAUUGUGCUCAGGGAAGACCAGCUGGAGACUAUCCUCUGUGCUUUGGAGGAUUUCUCAAUGGACGUGAGAGAAGGUCUCCACAGUAUGAUGGCCGCAUGUCGGCUCUCUACCAAGGGCUGUCUCAAGAUGUGUGUCGAACGGCUACUGGAUAAUCUCAAAAGGUACCCACAAGACAAGAAAUCCACCUGGCACUGCCUACAGAAGAUAGGAGCUCUGCACCCCGAGCUAACCUUGCCGUUGGUUCCGGAACUGCUGUCUAUUCAUCCGUUCUUCGACAUGCCGGAACCGGAUGUGGAGGACCCGGCCUACCUGUCGGUGCUCAUUCUGGUGUUCAACGCCGCCCAACAUUGUCCCACAAUGGUGCAGCUGUUCGAAGACGUCACUGUGCAGCAUUAUAGUUAUCUAAGGUCGACUAUACCUCAGUUGGUGCCGCAUUUGAAGUACUGCGGCGCGCACGCGACUGAACUCGCACCAGUGCCGACCUCCUCGCUUCGCUUCCUUGACAGCAUCCUGUCCCGCGUGGCAGCCGCCCCAUCUCCCCGCGUCUCAGCCACCCUCCUGGAGGCAGCCGGCCGCCAUCUUGCCACCCUGUCCGACAUAGACGCCACUGUUGCCGGGUUGGCGCACUUCCUCAGUCUCUAUAUUGCCAGCCAGCUGCAGUUGGGCAAACUGUUGGCUGACAACCGGUGCUACAGCAACAACACCACCUCGUUGCAAGCCAAUCCAGUGCGCAACUCUAUUGCGCAUCUCUUGCAGUUAUGUCUCAAGCUAGAAUACUUGUUCGCUGGACUGGAUGAAAAAGAUGUGGCUGCCGUAAAACAGUUGAAACUGCGCACCCUGGCGCUUCAACUCGUCUACAUUGUCAGAGCGUCCAAUUUAUCAGCACUUGCUCUGUGUGACAACUUCCUACUGCAAGUUGAAAGCACCGAAAGGUAA